AUGAUUUUUAGUAAUAAAGUGGUGUUAGUGACUGGAGCUAGUUCUGGUAUAGGAGCAGCUACAGCAAUUGAAUUUGCAAAGGAAGGUGCUAUCGUAGCAAUAGUAGCAAGAAAUGAAGAAAAAUUAAAUAAUGUUGCAAAUGAAAUCGAAAAGCAAGUAAUAACAAAAUUAGGAAAAUUAGAUGUCCUUGUUAACAACGCAGGCUUGACAAGAUUCGGAAGCAUCUUAGAAGGAAACAUACUACAAUCGUACGAUGAGAUUAUGAAGGUUAAUGUUAGGGCUCAUAUCAAUAUCACUACUUUGGCUACUCCGCAUUUAAUAAAAACUCAAGGAAAUAUUGUAAAUAUCUCCAGUGUGGCUGGCAAAACACUUCCAUCAUAUUCAUCAAUGAUUUCCUAUCACAUAUCAAAGGCAGAAUUGACUCAUUUCUCUCGAUGCGCAGCUCUUGAAUUGGCAAAUAAAGGGGUGAGGGUAAACAUCGUGAGUCCUGGACCUGUAAAAACAGACCUGUUGGAGAAUGCUGGUGUUGGCUUUAUGAAAUUUGAAGAUGUAUCUGAUGACGCUCCACUGAAACGUGUAUCAGAAUCUGUCGAGGUGGCGGAUAUUGUACUAUUUUUAGCAAGCAAUAAAGCCAGGGGAAUCACUGGCUCUGAGUACGUUGCUGAUAAUGGCUGGUGUUUACGACACUAA